AUGAAAAGUAUAGCUGAAGCUGCUAGGAAAGGUGGGAGUGACCAAGUAGAGCUAGAAUGGGAUAGCUAUGACAAGAUAAAACAAGAAAUAGCUUUUGAACAGCUCCAGUGGGCUACAGAGAAGGCCAAGGGAAAGGAGAUGGCCAAGGUAAGAACAGCAACAGCAAAAGCAGAAAGGAUAUCAAGGAUUGCUCAAAAGAGAAAAAAGCAGGAAGAGAAAGAAAAAGCACGAGAACUAAAGAGAAAGAUGCAAGAAAUAUCAAAGAAAGAUGAGAAGGUGGCAGAUUCCCAAGAAUUGAAACUUAAGCAGAGAUUAACGAUGAGACAAGUAGCUUGUGAAGGACUUGUGUUGAUAGAACUAUUGUUAGUAGUUUCAGCAUAUAAUAAGUCUCUUGUUUCAGUGAAAUCGAUAAAUAGUCACGUUAGUAUUCAAGGAGACACAGCGCAUAUCCCAACUCUGGAGAAAUUGAAUAUAGAGCUUAUAAAGAAAGAGAAUAUGCAAAGUGAAGUUUCACUUGCGGAGCAGAUCAAAGUAGCCAAAAGCAGAAGAGCAGAAUCAAUUUCUACAAAGGUUCUGGAUGAGAGUAUAAAUAUUGGAUCCGUUCCAAUUGGUUAUGUCUAUACAUGA